GGGCGAGCAGGGCCGAGCGCGGCAGUCGCGCCGGCGCGGGGCGAGGACGCGGAGCGGCCGCCGCCGGGACAUCACACUUGGAGACUAUGUUUGGGGAGCGGUGGCUAUUCCAUCGUCCUGGGGAGCCGACUCUUGCGUAGUAGAGAACGAGGAACGCUGAAGACGAGACCGCAUCUCUGCAGGCCUGGGAGCCGAAGCCAUCUGAGCAUCAGAAAACUCCUGCCAGCAUCACCAUGCCGUCCUGAAGUCUGCCACCAGACAGUGACUCUAGAGGGGAAAUGAAGCUGGAAAAACGCAUGGAUGCAGCCUCGCCUGCAGCCUGCCCAGAUGUCCGCGGAUAAUCUCCCCGAGAGAAAUUGAGCCCCUCGGAUCAGGUAGCUCGUCAGAAUGAAGAAAAUCAGCCUUAAGACCUUCCGGAAAUCUUUCAACUUGAGUAAGAGCAAAGAAGACGCGGAAUUCAUGGUCGUACAACAGCCAGCACUAGCCGGCGACUUCGGCAAAGAGGAGUCCUUGUUCGGGAGCUGCUACGGGAAGGAGAUGGCCGGCUGCGAGCUGCACGGCGAGGACGAAAAGGGCGGCGGCAAGAACCGGGCCAAGAGCGAGAGCCUCAUGGGCACGCUCAAGAGGCGGCUGAGCGCCAAGCAGAAGGCCAAGGGCAAGGGCGGCGCGGCAGCUGGGGGUGCCGCGGACGAGGACACAUUCUCGUCGUCGUCGGCGCCGCUGGUGUUCAAGGACGCGCGGGCGCCGCGGCCCAUGCGCUCCACGUCGCUGCGCAGCCACCACUACAGCCCCACGCCCUGGCCGCUGCGGCCCACCGCCUCGGAGGAGACGUGUAUCCGGAUGGAGGUGCGGGUCAAGGCGCUGGUGCACUCUCCCGGCGCGGGCCCGGCCCUCAACGGCGUGCGCAAGGACUUCGGCGAGCUCCGCCCCGCGGCCGAGCCCGCCUGCCCGUGCCCGGAGCCGCCCGCCGCGCCCGGGAGCCCAGCGCCUGCGGCCGGGGACCUGCGCCUGCGCCUGGGCGAGCACGUGCCUGUGGUCCUGGGCCUGCUGCCUCAGGACUACCUCCCGUACACCGUGCCUUUGGACGGCUCCUCCCCGAUGGAGGUCUCGGCCGUCCUGCCGCCCCCGGCCGCCGGGGGCCCCUGCCCCGCCCGCCGCGACGAGGACCCCGGGCGCCCAGCGCCCGAGCUCUUCGGCGACCCGCCGGUGGGCGGCCUGCUGGGGGGCCCCGCGGCGGGGGUGCUGCCGAGCCCGCGGGCGGGCCCCGACGACGGGCCCCCCCUCUCCCCGCUGCUACCUCCGCUGCAGACCGACCCGAGCCAAAGGACCUUCGCCGGGCUUGCUGGCCCGGACGCCCACGCGGCCGACAGCGUGCGCUGCCACUUGAAUUUCGACCCCACCUCGGCGCCCGGGGUGGCCAGGGUGUACGACUCGGUGCAGAGCAGCGGCCCCCUGGCGGUGACCAGCCUGACGGAGGAGCUCAAGAAGCUGGCCAAGCAGGGCUGGUACUGGGGGCCCAUCACGCGCUGGGAGGCGGAGGGCAAGCUGGCCAACGUGCCCGACGGCUCCUUCCUGGUGCGGGACAGCUCGGACGACCGCUACCUGCUCAGCCUGAGCUUCCGCUCGCACGGCAAGACCCUGCACACCCGGAUCGAGCACUCGAACGGCCGGUUCAGCUUCUACGAGCAGCCGGACGUGGAGGGGCACACGUCCAUCGUGGACCUCAUCGAGCACUCCAUCAGGGACUCGGAGAACGGCGCCUUCUGCUACUCGCGCUCGCGCCUGCCGGGCUCCGCCACCUACCCGGUGCGGCUCACCAACCCGGUGUCGCGCUUCAUGCAGGUGCGCUCGCUGCAGUACCUGUGCCGCUUCGUCAUCCGCCAGUACACCCGGAUAGACCUGAUCCAGAAGCUGCCCCUGCCCAACAAAAUGAAGGAUUACCUACAGGAGAAGCACUACUGACAGAGGCCCGCAGCCCGGCAUCGUGCACUUUGGGAGUGAGAGAGAGAGAGACUGAGAUACAGUUUACAGACUCUUCAUCGCCAUCAGAAUCUUUUGCUGCCAUACUCUUUAUUUCAGUUUUAUGUGUAAAAGAGUGUCCAGUCCGUUUAGGGGUGGGGAACCGUCUGCGAGGUGUCUUGGGUUCAUUUUCGUUCUUUACAAAAGGGAAGUCUGGAGGUUUGAGGUGUGAAGUCUUUUCCAUCAGCGUGCAGAAUAAUCACAAUGUGAAUGAUCAGAUUCUCUUUACCCACCCACCCCCAAUCCUUUGCUGCUAUCCACUGUGAUUUUAUGCAUUAAAAGCACAUUUCAUGUGUAUCCAAUCCUGAGUAAAGUUGAAUGAAACUUGCAGAAUGAACCUGUUACGUCUCUCUUUCAGUGGCCCAUCUUCAAAGAUCGUGUUGAGUCAGCAUAGCCCUGUGAUUAAUCACAAGAGUUUACACCUACACCGAAAAUGAUUUUUAAUUUCAUGCUCUACAAAGGUUUAUUUAGAAUUGUGAACUGACAUAACCUUGGGUAAUGGAAUGCAGGUCUGCGACAUA